GAAGGACGCAGUAAAAUUACUAGUUGGGCCAAAAUGAAGCGGGAACUCCAGCGAAAAUACUUGCUGGAUCAUUACCGACAUGAUCUUUUCUUGAAAUAUCAUCGAAUCCGCCAAAACCAGUUGACGGUCGAAGAAUAUGUUGCUGAGUUUGAACAGUUAUCGCUCAAAUGCGAUCUUGUGGAACCUGAAGAAAAUACCAUUGUGCGAUUUUUGGGAGGCUUAAAUCCCUCCAUCGUUAAUGUCGUUCAGCUACAACCAUACUGGACGUUUCAAGACGUUGUCAGUCUUGCUCUUAAAGUAGAAAAGCAACAGCGUUUUGGAAAAUCUGGACCUACCCGAGUGAUCAGCCGGGAUCCUGCAGAAGAAAAGGCUGAGUCCAAGAAAAAUCCUCCAACCACUACAAACAAUAAAGAAGGUGAUCGCCAAGCAAGUAGCAGCCGGAGUCCGUCAGGUUCUACUAGCUACCCAGCGCGAAAAUGCUUCAAGUGCCAAGGCUUUGGCCACAUUGCGUCGGGAUGUCCAAAUCGCAGAGUUAUUACACUUAUGGAGGAGCAAGACCAAGAAGUGGAAGAAGUGACUGAGCCCGAAGUGAACAAUCAGGAUGAAUUCAAAACGGCAACCACAAUCAUUCCACCUGAUGAUGGGCCCUUGCUAGUUCUUCGCCGCUUGCUGAAUUCUCAUAAGAAGGAACCGUUACAACGACAUAGUCUUUUCAAAACCCGUUGUACUGUUAAUGGUCGUGUUUGUCAAUUAAUCAUUGAUAGUGGGAGUUGUGAGAACGUUGCCUCUACCACUCUGAUUGAACGACUCAAUUUGCCGACCGAAGAACAUUUGAAUCCGUAUAAAUUGUCAUGGAUCCAAAAGGGAAAUGAGGUAGAAGUCUCAAAACGCUGUUUAAUCCAUUUCUCAAUUGGAAAAUUUGAGGAAGAAGAUUGGUGUGAUGUAGUUCCUAUGGACGCAUGUCAUCUACUAUUGGGACGCCCGUGGCAAUACGACCGCAAAUCAAUCCAUGAUGGGGCUGCAAAUACUUGCUCUUUUAUCCACAAAGGGGAGCAAAUGACGUUACUUCCAUUGGAAGAUUCCUAUCCAUAUUGCAAAAAUGGGUUGUUAGUAUUAAAAUAAUCGUUAUUUCUGAAGGAGCUAAAUGAAACCCAAGGA